UCAUGCUGCUGCCAGGUCCAGAGUCUCUCAUGGGUCCCUGUACGGCCUCCCAUUGCUGCUGCUGUCUCCAUCGCCACACUCUGCCAUGUGCCACUUUCAGGUCUCCUCACACAUUGCUGGUAGUGUUCCAUUUUUUGUCAUAGGGUGCUGGCAGAUUACGGGCCUCCCAUAGCUGCUGCCAGGCCCCUAAUCUGCCAUGGGCCCCUAUACCCGCCUCCUCAUGCUGCUGCCAGGUCCAGAGUCUCUCAUGGGUCCCUGUACGGCCUCCCAUUGCUGCUGUCUCCAUCGCCACACUCUGCCAUGUGCCACUUUCAGGUCUCCUCACACACUGCUGGUGUGUUCCAUUUUUUGU